GAAGAGGGUGGUAGAAAGGGAGAGAGACAGAGAGACACCUGCAGCGCUGCUUCACCACGUGUGAAGCUUUCCACCUGCAGGUGGGGGACCGGGGACCCGAACCCGGGUUCUUGUGCACUGUAACAUGUGCGCUCAGCCAGGUGCGCCGCCACCUGGCCCCUUUGUCUCAUUUUUCUUAUACUUUUGUCCCAGGAUUCAGACUGUCUCAGACAACUACCCCCACCCUCCCUCACCCCACCGCAUGCCCCAACCUAAGGCCCAUUCUGCAGGAGGUAGAAACACCAGGAACAACAACACUAAGGCUCUGGGUAGGAGGGGACCAGACACCCCAACUGGUCCGGGGUGCGGGGCAGUGCUCUCGGAGCAGGGUGUCUAGGACCCAGGGGCAGACCGAGGGCGGCUCCCUGGGCAGCGGGAGCUCCUCCCCGUCCCCUCCGGUGAGCGGCUCAGGUGUCCAAGUGGUUGCGUCUGGGGCUUUCCGCAUCCUGUCUGUGGCCCCAGCGGGGGCUGGCUGUCCAGCCCCCUGCCUGGCCCCUUCCCCCAGCCCCAUGCCCCAGCCCUAACCCCACCGCCCUCCUCCGCAGGGGGGGGGGCUUUCCCGUGCCCCCAGUCCGCCUGCCCCCGCUCAAGUCCGGCGCCAUGAACGACCAGUACCACCGGGCAGCCCGGGACGGCUACCUGGAGCUCCUCAAAGAGGCCACCCGGAAAGAGCUGAACGCCCCCGACGAGGAUGGCAUGACCCCCACCCUCUGGGCUGCCUACCAUGGCAACCUAGAGUCCCUGCGCCUCAUUGUGAGCCGGGGGGGGGAUCCGGACAAAUGCGACAUCUGGGGCAACACGCCCCUGCACCUGGCCGCCUCCAAUGGCCACCUGCACUGCCUCUCCUUCCUGGUAUCCUUCGGGGCCAACAUCUGGUGCCUGGACAACGACUACCACACGCCGCUGGACAUGGCCGCCAUGAAGGGCCACAUGGAGUGCGUGCGCUACCUGGACUCCAUCGCCGCUAAGCAGAGCGGCCUCAACCCCAAGCUGGUGGGAAAGCUCAAGGACAAGGCCUUCCGCGAGGCGGAGCGGCGCAUCCGCGAGUGCGCCAAGCUGCAGCGCAAGCACCACGAGCGCAUGGAGCGGCGCUAUCGCCGCGAGCUGGCCGAGCGCUCCGACACGCUCAGCUUCUCCAGCCUCACGUCCAGCACCCUGAGCCGCAGGCUGCAGCACCUCGCGCUCGGCGGCCAGCUGCCCUACUCGCAGGCCACGCUGCACGGCACCGCCAGGGGCAAGGCCAAGAUCCAGCGGAAGCUGGAGCGGCGCAAGCAGGGCGGCGAGGGCACCUUCAAGAUCUCCGAGGACGGCCGCAAGAGCGUGCGCUCGCUCUCGGGGCUGCAGCUGGGCAGCGACGUGAUGUUCGUGCGCCCGGGCACCUACGCCAACCCCAAGGAGUGGGGCCGCUCCCCGCUCCGGGACAUGUUUCUCUCGGACGAGGACAGCGUCUCCCGUGCCACGCUGGCGGCCGAGCCUGCCCACUCGGAGGUCAGCACCGACUCCGGUCACGACUCCCUGUUUACGCGGCCCGGCCUGGGCACCAUGGUGUUCCGCAGGAACUACCUGAGCAGCGGGCUGCACGGGCUGGGCCAUGAGGACGCGCCGCUGGACGACACGGGCAACCCGCGAGUCCGGCUGCAGAGCUCCCCCAGCCUGGACGACGACAGCCUGGGCAGUGCCAACAGCCUGCAGGACCGCAGCUGCGGGGAGGAGCUGCCCUGGGACGAGCUGGACUUGGGCCUGGAUGAGGACCUGGAGCCGGAGACCAGCCCGCUGGAGACCUUCCUGGCCUCCCUGCACAUGGAGGACUUUGCCUCUCUCCUGCGCCAGGAGAAGAUUGACCUGGAGGCGCUCAUGCUCUGCUCUGACCUCGACCUUCGCAGCAUCAGCGUCCCCUUGGGGCCGCGCAAGAAGAUCAUGGGAGCGGUGGGGAGGCGGAGGCAGGCGCUGGAGCGCCCACCUGCCAUGGAGGACACAGAACUAUAACUUGGGGUUCCUCUCCCCAGACCAAAAUGAUUUGCAAGUUGCCACAACCCCUGGUGGGGCCACCAAGGUCCUCCCGUUCG